CGUUUUUACAGCCUCCCAGACACAUGGAGACGCGAUCGUGCCCGUCGAUGGACGAGCUCCACGGCCUCGCGCGGGUCAUGGGCAUGAAGUACUUCCGCCACCUCUCCAAGCUCGAGCUCCACCAGGCGCUCCAGCGCCAGAUGCAGUACGCCAAGCGCGCGCAUGCAUCCGCGGUCGGCAAGAGCAAGAAGAAGAGGAAGAAGGGCAAGAAGACCAAGGCCAAGUACUGGUGGCGCAAGACGACCAAGACGACCAAGGCCUCGAGCGGGCUCAACACGGUCGACCCGAUCAUGCUCACGGAGCUCGGGCCCCACACGUUUCGCUUUGUGCGCCCCAACGGCACGAUCGUCGUCUACAACAUUGAGAGCCUUGUCCAGUACAUCCUCGCGACCGGCGACUUUUCCGAGCCCGAGACACGGCUUCCGUUCCCCGACGCGAUGCUUGCGCAGCUCGACGCCGAGGCCAAGGCUGCGGGCUUGGAGCUCGGUAGCGUCGCCGCGGCCAAGCAAGACAAGGCGGCCUUUGAGCAACUCAAGAUCAAGCGCGACGGCCUUCUCGGCUUGGAGCGCUGCGCAGGCGAGGUCGUGACCGAGAUGCUCGAGGUUAUUGAGGACGACGACGGCGAAGAAGGCGAGAUGCGCCUGGUCAUGGAGAUCUUUCCGAAUUUCGCCGACCUCUACUCGCAGCUCAAGAUGAACGACGCGGCAUACGCGGCGCAGUGCCACAAGCACUUUGUCGAGUACCUCCAAGGGCCGCCCAACCGCCCGACCAUCGACGAGUCGGGGCUCUACCACAUUGUCCUCGACUUUAUGGCGCAAACGGCCGCGGGUCCGUCGCACCACCGGCCGUACGCCUAGGCCGAAUCGUAGCUAGUAGAAUUGUAUCUGUCGAGUAGUUUAGUAGUUGCAGUUUAGUUGCAGAUUAGUUGUAGAAGCAAAGGCGAGACCAUAGGCGCAGUAGUGUACAGUACAGAAGAGUUAAAGAGCAGAGUGUAAAUACCGUACAAGUCGGCACGACGCAGUUGUCCUUGGCUGCGUUGCGCGUCGUCCUCC